AACUAUGGCUAACAAAAUAAAAGCCGUCUUCACAGUUCACCCCCUGAAGUAAUGAUGUCUCGUGUAGAAGCUAAAAAGCCGUCAUCCUGUGAAAGUGAACCACUGACAAGUGAGAGAGUCAGGGUCACGCUCUCCGUCUUGAAAGGAGUCAUGACAUCGUGCUACGGCCCGGCUGGCAGGCUGAAGCAGCUGCACAACGGCCGCGGGGGCUCCGUGCGCACAACCUCCCAGUCGGCGGCCCUGCUCACCGGCCUGCCUGUCAGCCACCCCGUCCUAAAGAUCCUGGUAGCUUCCGUGCAGAAUCACGUGUCCUGCUUCAGCGACUGUGGCCUCUUCACAGCCAUUCUCUGCUGUAACCUGGUUGAAAAUGUUCAGAGAAUAGGCUUGCCACCCACCACUGUCAUUAAAUUAAACAAGCAUCUUCUGAGCCUCUGCACCAGUUACCUAACGUCGGAGGCUUGUGGUUGUCGAAUCCCGGUCGACUUUAGCUGCACUCAGAUACUCCUCUGCUUGGUGCGCAGCAUAUUAACAAGUAAACCUGCCUGUAUGCUCACCAGAAAGGAAAUCGACCAUGUCAGUACUCUGAUUCUGAGAGUCUUUUUGCUUACAAUUCCAGAAAACGCCAAAGACCGCAUCAUUUUAGGGAAGAGUGUAAUUAUCCCUUUAAAAGGUCAAAGAGUUACAGAUUCGACGGUAUUACCUGGAAUACUUAUUGAAAUACCAGAAGUUCAGUUGAUGAAGAUAUUACCGAUCAAAAAAUCAGAUUCCUUCAAGGUGGCGCUCUUUUGUGCGUCUUUAUCUGGAGACCUUUCCGAUACUGGAGAAGGAACUCUGGUGGUCAGUUACAGGGUUUCUCUUGAAAACGCAGUCCUGGACCAGUUGCUUAACCUAGGAAGACAGCUAGUUAGUGAUCACGUAGAUCUGGUCAUGUGCCAGAAAGUUAUACACCCAUCUUUGAAACAGUUUCUCAGAACCCAUGGUGUUACUGCCAUAGACAGAGUUGGAGUGGCUCUGAUGGAACCCCUGAGUAAAGCGACAGGAACACAGCCUAUUGGUUCCUUAGCCUCAAUCUCUCCCAGUAGUUAUGGAAGUGUGAAAGAUUUGGGCACUGCAAAAUUUGGCAGCAAACGUUUUUUUCAUCUUAUUCCUAAUGAAGCAACUGUCUGCAGCUUGCUUCUCUGCAGCAGAAAUGACACUGCCUGGGACGAGCUGAAGCUCACAUCUCAAACAGCACUGCAUGCUCUGCAGCUAACAAUCAGGGAGCCGUGUGUCUUGCUGGGAGGUGGCUGUACUGAAACUCAUAUGGCGGCAUAUAUCAGACACAAGACUCGUAGUGAGCCAGAAAGCAUUCUUCAGGAUAGCGCAUGUACCCAGACGGAACUUCAGUUGAUUUCCGAAGCCUUCUGUGGUGCCCUCGAAUCUGUCGCUGGCUCUCUAGAACACGAUGGAGGUGAAAUGCUCACCGACGGGACGUACGGACACUUUUGGUCAGUUCAGGCAGAUUCUUCCUCUGUUGUGAAUUGGCCAGAUUUGCUUUCGAGAUGUGGCUGCGGACUACAUAGCUGCCGCGGAGAACUCGGCUGGUCUUUCUUGAGGAGUCCCUGUCCUCCUUUCUCGCCAGUUACCUGCCUUCCUCCCCACGAAGCUGCAGGCGCAGCCAAUAACCUGACCUUGGACUGUUUCACCGCGAAGCUUAGCGGCCUACAGGUGGCUGUGGAGACUGCCAAUUUGAUUUUGGAUCUUUCAUAUGUCAUUGAAGAUAAAAACUGAUGUAAAAGAAUAGCAUGGUUAUAUUGCAAGGAAAAAAAAAACUAGUGAGGUGUCACUAAAAGAUGCUCUGUUUCAAAGACCUGUUCUGUAUAUUUGGACUGAUGGGUCAUAAAACUAUUGAUUUACUUACUUAAGGAAAGGAGAUUUGAUUCUUGAAUAGAAAUACCAAGGAAAAAUAAAAAUAUGAAACAUUGUUACAGAUAUGGUAAUUAGCCAAGGGAUUCCACACAUACCACUGUACAUUGUUCUCAAUUUUUGUUCUUGUCAUUUGACAUCAUUCUAAGAAUAUACAGAAAUUUAAAAAAUUCCUAAUCUAUGUUCUUGCUUGGAUAUUCUUAUUAGAGUUAUUUUUUUAGUUUGUUGUAAUUACAUAUGUUUAAAGGACAAAAAUAGAUUCCAAAGUAUCAUAAAGCUUCCCGUACAUACCGCUCACUCAAAAGAAAUAUUCAAACCACACAUUUAGUAAAAUUUCAGAGUUUUUUACCUGAGACUGUAUCAUUCAGUGGUUGGGUAAUUGAUGUAGAAGCCGGUCUACCUGCAGUUGCUAGUUUGUAUCACAGUCCUUCAUUUAUUUUGUGGAAAUGUGUAAUUAGGGAAAAAAAAAAAAAGGGAUGUCUAUAGUAACAAAGCGAGAAAAGAAGUGGAAAAGUUAUUUCUCUAAUUCCAUUAAUAGUGCAAAAAUGAACCUAGAACAGCUCUCAAAUUCAAAGACACGUCAUAUCAAGGAACGUGGUUUGAAUUUUAUGCAAAUGUAAGAUGUAUUGAUAAAUCGAAGAAGAAACGGAGAAUGCAGCCAGAGGAAAUCAGCAUGCAGCUGUUGUUAAGUGUUGUAUUAAAGUUUAGGAAAAUGUUUUGAAAA